AUGGAGGAGAAGGCCGCGACGAGCCCAAGGAUCAGGCUGUUCGGGAUCCACGUGUCGGAGAACGACAGCGUCUCCGGCGAGGCGAGCAGUCCCACCUCGGCGGCGUCCAGCGAGCGGAGGAAGUACGAGUGCCAGUACUGCUACCGCGAGUUCGCCAACUCGCAGGCUUUGGGCGGCCACCAGAACGCGCACAAGAAGGAGCGGCAGCACCUGAAGCGCCUCCAGCUGCGGCAGCAGCACCUCUCCGCCUCCGGCCGCCGGUCGCCUCACGCGGCCGGGAACUACUACUGCCAGAGCAUCGCCGCGCGCGAGGCCUUCGCGCCACCGCCUCCGCAGCACCUCCUCGCGCCGCAGCCGGUGGGACCCUCGGCCAACUGGGCCUACUACGCCAACUGCCCGACCUCGCCCGUUCAUCACCUGUCGCGUGACUGCCUCGUGCCGCGCUCUUUGCCUGCUAACGGCGGCGGUAGGUUGUACAGGGACGGCCGCUCGAUCGAAGGGUCCGCAACCUUCGCCGCGUUGACGCCGGAGGAGGAAGCGGCGGAGGAGGCGUACGGGUUGAACCUGCGCCUCAGCCUUGCACCUGCCGGUUCAUGA